UCCACCAUUUUGCUUCGUCUUCUGCUGUGAGUUGUUUUGUCAAAGUUGUCUGCUUUUUUAGGGUGUGAUUCACUGAAAAAUGUAACUUUUUGAGUUGAAAUAUGUGAUUUCAAAUUUUAAAACGGCCUAGUAGCUUCUAACAGCUUUCAUAUCUCAAUUUAGGUUAAUUUUCAACUAACUUCGUCACAAUCUGUUGAAGUCGAUAAUAGUUAGGUUAUAUCGUGUGUGAUCUAGCCCAAAUGUGAUUGAGUGCUUCGUAUAUUUUGUUUGGAAACGUUUAAAUUAAUCUAGAUUCAAUAUGUCUGGUGACAGAAAAACUGUCAUUAAAGGAAAUCCAUCUCAGUAUGUGAAAUUAAACAUUGGUGGCUCUUUGUAUUACACAACUAUAGGAACUCUUACAAAAUUAGACACAAUGCUAAGAGCAAUGUUUAGUGGACGUAUGGAGGUCCUUACAGAUUCAGAAGGCUGGAUCCUGAUAGACCGUUGCGGCAAGCACUUUGGUCGCAUCCUCACCUACCUGCGGGACGGUUCGCUGCCGCUUCCGGCCAGCGUCGUCGAGCUGUGCGAACUGCGAGCCGAGGCCAAGUACUACUGUAUCGGCGAACUGGCCGCCGACUGUGAUGCAGCCCUCAGUCGCCGUAGACAGGUGCAGGCCGAGCCAAUUUGUCGGGUGCCGCUCAUCAACAGUCAAAAGGAGGAGCAGUUGUUGAUCAGCUCUUCUUCUAAGCCUGUGGUGAAGUUACUUAUCAAUAGACACAACAAUAAAUACUCCUAUACAAGCGCAUCAGACGACAACCUUUUGAAAAACAUCGAACUAUUCGACAAGUUGUCGCUGCGUUUCUUCGGUCGUGUGCUGUUCAUCAAAGACGUGAUUGGUUCGAAUGAGAUCUGCUGCUGGAGCUUUUAUGGUCACGAGAAAAAAGUGGCUGAAGUAUGCUGCACGUCUAUCGUCUAUGCUACCGACAAAAAACACACUAAGGUGGAGUUCCCAGAAGCGCGUAUCUACGAGGAGACUCUGAACAUCCUGCUGUACGAGAGCAGGGUUGGCGGUGAAGAGGGGGCUGGUGGGGGCGCCGAUGGAGGGGAUGUGCUGAUGAUGGCCACCUCCUCCUCACUGGCUCUGGCAUCCUCCUCCUACACGACAACGGCGACCACCAGCGAUGAGGAGGAGCGCUCCUCCUCUGGAUUGGCCAAGUUGCGCUACAACAAGCAGAGCAACCAAUGAUAGGGACAUCGGUGAGAUGUGGUGCAGUGUGGUGUGCUGUGAACUGGGCUUUUGGACAAGGAAGGUGACAUGACUGUGAACUGGGCUUUUGGACAAGGAAGGUGACAUGACUGUGAACUGGGCUUUUAGACAAGGAAGGUGACAUGACUGUGAACUGGGCUUUUGGACAAGGAAGGUGGUAUGACUGUGAACUGGGCUUUUGGAGAAGGAAGGUGACAUGACUGUGAACUGGGGUUGGUUUCAGAGAACUUUUAGAAGGAGUGACAUGAUUGUGAACUUGGCUUUUGGACAAAGAAGGUGACAUGACUGUGAACUAGGCUUUUAGACAAGGAAGGUGACAUGACUGUGAACUGGGCUUUUAGACAAGGAAGGUGGUAUGACUGUGAACUGGGCUUUUGGAGAAGGAAGGUGACAUGACUGUGAACUGGGGUUUGUUUCAGAGAACCUUUAGAAGGAGUGAGAUGAUUGUGAAUAUAGAAGGAGGUGAUAUGAUAGUAAACUUGGUUUAGUGGCAAUGUAGGAAGGAAGGUGACUUGAUUCUGAACUGGGGUUUGUUUCCGAGAACAUAGAAGAAGUGACAUGAUUGUGAACUGUGUUUUUUGACAGAGCAGGUGACAUUAUACUAAAGUUUGAAGUUACAGUGUGUAGGGAUGAAUGGAGCAGAACUUGACUCAAGGCACGCUUGAAUAUUGAUAUCAACCAUUGAUUGAUUAGAUUCAUAAGGUUGAGACCAUAUUAGGCGUUUCCAGAAUAAGCAGGGCAGGAAGCUCUCCAAUUCUCUGAUUGGGUUGACGCUUGAAAAACGCCUAAUUUGGUCUCGCUCUAACUCUGUUGUGAAACGAGUGAGAUUAUCAAGUCACAAAAAUACUCUGGUGUUGAGCAAAAACUGAUAUUUACUCGAUUCUGAAGUGGGGGUUAAUUUUUAAUUGACUCAAGGAACACUUAAAAUUAAUCCAACAUAUCGGACAAACUAGCUAGCUAAUGAAAGUCUUGGAAAUUGUUCACAUGGCUCUAGUAAGCUAGUCUAGAAACGUUUUUAUCUUCGGACAAAUUUACUGAUAUAGAGCUUCCUAAAAUUCUAUCUAGAUUUAUCUAUGUUUUGACGUUUUAGAGAGAUCUAUGAUAGCGUUAUACUAUACUAAUUUUUCACGAUAAUUCUUUUAUGUUUUGGUUCCAAAUUAUUUACAAAAAUGUUAGCCAAAUAUAAUUUUGUAUAAAACUGACUGUGUAUCGAACCUUAAUAUUAUUAUAACAAUUUUCAGAAACAUUCAAAACUAGGGAUAGACUUUUGUCACAGAUGAUAGAGAACCUUUAGUAACAGAUAGAUUCUCUAUUAUUUGUGCUUGUGUACUUUUCUAAGCUAGUCCUAUUAUUGUUGAUUUAUUUUUAAUUAAUAUAACUCUAGGGAAAUUGUUCUAGUUAGAGUUUUAUAUUACUAUGGGAAUAAAUUAUCAGAUUUA